AUGGUGCUUGCUCCGGAUGCAGUUGUCAUGGAGAUGGAAAAGGGCUCAGCGUCCACUGGUGGAACUGUUACCAUGGAAAUCCCCAUCACAGCAGCUGCCUCAGUGGAGCAGGCAGAACCAGAGGAGUCUGUUCAGCACCAUGGACAGCACCACGCCGGAGCCGCGUUCCAGCACAGAAACCAUCGCAUGCUGAUUGUGAUCGGAGAGAUUUCCACCAGCCACCACCUCGAUUCUGCCAAGGAACAGAUCACACAAGCCUUGCACUCCUGGAGUGUUGAUCUGACUGUUUGUGACCUGAACAAAGAGCUGCAGCUGUUUGAGACCAGACACACCGCUCAGUUUUCAGCACAGGUCAAAGGCCAACGAAUCCUCCAGUAUCAGAGUGAUGUCCUGGAGACAGUGGUGUUGGUGAACCCAUCGGAGGAGAGUGCUGCUUCCGAGAUCCGCUCACUGAUCACUGACCCUGCUGGGAAUAAGUUGCUGAUACUGAGUGGCCAGAGCUCAGAGCAGGGAGGCGAUAUUCUACUGCAAGGAGGAGCCUUUACCUGGCAAAACUUUUCCGACAUCAUCUCCAACCCUCAAGUGAUUGAAGUCCUGUCCAGGGCCUCUUCACAGCAGCCAUCCAGGCUUACAGUUUCCUGUCAGGGAGACGGGGGCUGGAGCUCCCUGGGACAAAGCCAGGAGAAGCAGCCACUCCAUAAUCUUCUGGAAUACUGCUUGAACCCCGAACCCCGCCUCCCCGCUAUGGAUGGAGUCACAGAGUUCACUGAGUAUGUCGCAGAGACAGUGGAUGUGCCAUCACCCUUUGACCUUCUGGAGCCCCCGACCUCUGGAGGUUUUCUGAAGCUGUCCAAGCCUUGCUGCUACAUCUUUCCCGGAGGCAGGGGAGACUCUGCUUUGUUCGCCGUCAAUGGAUUCAACGUUCUAGUGGAUGGAGGUUCUGAUCGGAAGUCCUGCUUUUGGAAGCUGGUUCGUCACCUGGACAGGAUCGACUCUGUUCUGCUCACUCAUAUUGGGGCCGAUAACCUCCCUGGCAUCAAUGGGUUGUUCCAGAGAAAGAUUGCUGAGCAGGAGGAGGAGCGUAACCAAGGAUCCGGCUCCAGCAGCAACGGUGACUGGAUGAAGAACCUGAUCUCUCCUGAGCUUGGGAUCGUGUUUUUCAACGUCCCAGAGAAGCUUCGGAUGCCAGAGUCCACCCUGAAAGUGAAACGAAGCAUUGAAGAAGCAUCUCUUACCCUGCAGUACCUCAACAAGCUUGGUAUCACACCAGAGCCUCUUCACAGGGUAGUCAGCAACACCAUUGAACCUAUCACGCUGUUCCACAAACUCGGUGUGGGAAAGUUAGACAUGUAUGUCUUAAACCCUGUAAAAGAAAGCAAAGAGAUGCAGUUUCUAAUGCAGAAAUGGGCUGGAAACAGCAAAGCCAAGACAGGGAUUAUGAUGCCUAAUGGAAAAGAAGGAGAAAUAUCUGUUCCCUAUUUGACAUCAGUUACUGCUCUCAUUGUGUGGAUUCCUCACCGUCCCACAGAAAAGAUAGUCAGGGUGCUGUUCCCAGGAAAUGCACCACAGAAUAAAAUCUUCGAGGGCCUUGAGAAACUGAAACACCUGGACUUCCUGCGAUACCCAGUGGCUACCCAAAAAGACAUAUCAUCCGGUGCACCGCCUCCCAUCAUCAAACAGACUAAAAUAAGAUCAAGAACUGACAGCAAAGAGAGUCUCAAAUCUUCACCCAAACCACACUCUAAAGCAACAAAGAAAGAAGUCGGUGGGCAGGAGGAAGAGUCCAAAAGCGACAUUAUUAAAGAAAAUAAAGUGGAAAAGAAAGAAGAGAAAAAACUCAAAAGUGAAAGUCUAAAAGCCACCAAACAACAGAAAAACAGUGAAGUGGCCCCUGUGGCAGACAAGAAAGAGAAAAAGAAAAUAUCCAAGGAAAAAACUGCCAAGCAAGAGAAAGCAUCCAAAAUGGAUGAAAAGAAAGACAAAGAGAAGAAAGAAACUAAGAAAGAGAAACGUGAAGUAAAGAAAGAUGAAAAUAUAAGAAAAGAAGAGAAAAAAGAAAGCAAAGUCAAAGAGGAUAAAAAGAAAGACCCAAGUAAACCGGAGCUGAGAAAAAUCACCAAACCUGAUCUGAAGCCGUUUACCCCAGAAGUAAGAAAAACUCUGCACAAGGCCAAGACUCAGGCCAAGCCCAAGACUGACAAAAAUAAAGCAGUUAAAGAGGAAGCCAAUGAGAAAAUGCCACUUCCACAGAACAUCCCUGAAGAGGUCGCAGCAGCAGCUCUGGCCGACAGGUCCAUUGUCUCGUCCCCGGAGGACCUCACCGAGGACUUUGAGGCUCUAAAACAAGAAGAGCUGUCCAAACUUAAGUCUGAGUCUGUCCAGAAUGAUGUGAUGUCUGGGCAUUCAGUGUAUACAGAUACUAAAGCUUCUUCCUUAGUUUUCCCUGAUGAGAAAGUCACAUCCCCAGCUGCUGAGAUAAAGUCUGCUUCGCCUGAAUCCCCUGUCAAAGAAGACAACAAAGACAAGGGCGCAUCAGAACAGGUUGCAGCCAUUAAAAAGGACACAAGUGAUGGCUUUGACAAGAAGUACGAAGAGGAGAAAAUGGAGAAAUAUGACAAAUACCCCAUGAAGGACGAUAUAAAAGACAGAUCAAAGAAGAGUGACAGCUCUGAGGAGGAGGGUGAUGUAAUUGAAAAAGCUGAACUUGAAGGAACAGAAGAUGACGAGGUCCUGAAAUAUAAAACAGAGGAGGCGAAAAAGGAAAAAACUGGAAAGGAGUGGGACACCAAGCCAACUGAGCAAAAACCUUUAUCAACCACAGCCAUGUCUGGGCAAGCUGUAGCAGCCUCCGCCUCAGAGCAGUUCUCCUUCAUCCAAGAUGAGACGAUUCCUGGUUACUCUGAGACCGAACAGACCAUCUCUGAUGAGGAGAUCCACGAGGAAACAGAAGACAGGAUCCCACAGCUGCGCUAUGAUGUGGGCUCCUAUGACAUCUCUGUUCCUGACAUCCCUGGCACUUUUGACACCAUGCAUGGCAUCAAAGAGAUGAAGAGUUCCAUCGUGUCUGACGCUGCAGAUGCCAAACCCAAAGCAUUCAUGGGAGGUCAAGAGCCAGAGCUUGCACCUUACCCUGCAAUCAUUGCUGCUCCUCUUGCAGAGGAAGAGCACAUCUCUUCAGCAACAUCCAUCACAGAAUAUGACAAACUGUCGUCCUUUGCCACAUCUGUAGCUGAGGACCAGUCAAUAGCCUCAGUUACGGCGCCUCAGACUGAGGAAGCUGGGAAGAACUCUCUAAUGCUUGACACCAUCAACAAUAUCCCCUUGCGUGCAGAGGCCGCUCUCGGAAAGGACUAUCUCCACUCAGCAGGAACCAUCUCACCUACCUCCUCUCUGGAGGACGACAAAUGCUUUAAGUCUCCUUCCUCUGAUGAGUACCAGCCUAACAUUCCUGAGAUGGAGGGUGAUGCAAAGAUCAAAUCAGUCCAUGAGGAAGAAGACGAUGAGGAAGACGAGGACGAGGACCAGACUCCGAACGUUGACAUCCCUCUGGGUAAACUCCAAGAGGGCUACGAACAUGCAGCCUCCAAGAUGCUCCAGGAAAAGGAGAAAUCUCCCUCUGCCACUUUUUCUCCUCCUCCCCUCUCUACCAUGCAGUACUCUCCCACACAGGCUGUCAGAGACACCCAGGCUUUCUUUAGUACAGGGGGAUUAAAGGCUGGUAUUGAUAUAAAGCCUGUUUCACCCCCUCCAUCUUUUUCCCCUGGGUUAGAGUCCCACUCCAGGCAGGAGAGUGAGGAAAGAUGUGUAAGUCCAGAUGACAGUACUAUGAAACUGGCCUCACCCACACAGUCUGUGCCAACAAGCAGUGGCCACUCUCCAACAGAAGAGAAACCAUUUAAGGCUGAAGACAAAGAUGAAGUCAUAAUCAGUGUUAAAGCUGACACCCUGAAGACAGAAAAAUCAGUCACUAUUUCAGACAAUACCUCCUUUAUCGGUCUGCCAGUUGACAAGACAGCAUUCGAAGCAUCUGAAGAGUCUGAUGAAGACAAUGAAGAGGAAGAAGACUAUUACGACAAAAAGGAUUUACAGCCUACUGUGAAGGCCAAACUUAUGGAGGCAAAAGAGGGAUGCUUCUUGGACGACGACUACGCCUUUGAGGCAAAGUCUGCAAAGACAGAAACGGAAGUCAAGGCCUUGGACAAGACACAGGUGUCUUUUAUCACAGAUGUGAAACCAAAACCUCAGGUGAUGUACUCAGAUGAAGAUGAAGAAGAUGAAAAAGAUGAUGAUUUCACAAGCGGUGUAGGAUCUAAGCCCUUAUCAACAGAUCAAAGCAAAGUAGUAGACUUUAAAAAUGACAGCGUAGAGAAAACUGACACCUCUUUUAAAGAGCCUGAGAAAAGCGUUCAUUUCAGUCUUUAUGAUUUCCCAGAGAAGGAGAGCAAAGAAAAGGCCAUGUAUAUAAGACAAGACACACCCUAUGUGCAUGGUAAAACAUUCUCUUACAGUGACAUUUAUGACAGCAAGACGAGCUCAGUGGACUCUGAUUCAUAUCGUCAGGAGUCCGUAGAUAAGAUGGAGAAGGACACUGCGAAGAGCGGAGUGGAUUUGGAGAAACAUGAGCCCUCCUACCCAGUAACAGCCACGGAAAAGAUGUCAGAGAAAGAGGGAUUUACCGCCCCUUAUGGAAAAGAAUCCUCUGCCUCAUCGUGGCUUGACUCCAAGAGCACUUCUGCUAUACCCCCAUUUGAAAAGGAGGUCAAAGAAAAGGAGACAUUUGAAUACAGCGCAGGUAGCCGUUUCCCUUCACUGGCUGAUAGACCUGAGGCCUUGUCCACUUCUUUAUCAUCAGAAAAAGAGUCUUUCUCUUUUAAAGGCCCGACUGACAGCACAAAGCCCCAGACACACUCAUCAAUGGCAGCUUUUGAUGCAGGAAUACCUGAUGCCACAAGCUUCAGCGAGAAAGGAGCGUGUUUGGAGGUUGAUAUGAGAAAACUAACUGCAAGGGAUGAGGAGGACUAUGACGAUGAUGAAGUAGUUGAUGAAGAUGAUGAUGAGGAGGAGGAAGAUGAAGAGGAGGAGGAUGAAGGUGCUAUUGAUUCUGAAAUGGAGAAAGGUGCCAAAGAAAAGUCUGAGAAGGAAGUGAAAAGCCCAAUCAGUGAAAUGUUUGGCUCAAAGCCUGAAUUCAUGGUUUCCAUGGCUGGAUAUGGCUUCAACAGUCAAGGGAAGCCGAGUAUGAAAGAAGGCCACUCCAGCGUACUCACCAAGGCUGAAGACGAAGCUAAGCUUGACUCCUCAUCCUUCAGUGGAAAGCCAAUGGAUUUAGGAGCUACAGGUUUCUCUGGCUACUCCUCAGGAUUUGAAUACUCAUAUGGAAGUGGUCAGAAAGACUCAUUUUUAUCAAGUCAGACCACAGACAAAGGAAAAGAAGAUUUCACUCUAAAAUCAACACAGGACAGUUAUUACCAGAACGACAGAGCUGAUCCUGAUUUUGAGAAACAGAAGACACCAGACCUUCUGAGUAAGCAGUCACUGGACACAAGUUUUCAGUACACAACCACAGCUGCUCCUGGGUACUCCUCCUCUUCAGCCUAUAGCUACUCCUCCUCCACCUCAGGCUCACUUUCCACCAGCCGUCAGUUCGGAGAGGAGCUGGAGACUCCUGCCUCUGCCGAGCCUCUCUUUGAGUAUUCCUCCUUUAAAGAUGAACACUCGCUGGUCAUGGAUUCUCCCUUCUCCAGCUCUGCUGGCGCCAAAGACGACUAUUUGGAAGUGUCUGAAAAACAAAUCACUGCUACAACCACAGCUGAGUCCACCUCCAGCUUAGCACGCUUCUCACCGCUCAGCCCAUUCGAGGAGGUCAAAUCUUUCCCCUCACUGUCGUCCACUGGCUUUGCUGAGGACAAAAAGGAGCAUUCAACUUCACUAUGUGGUGUUACAGACAAAGGCCCUCAAUCUGACUGUUUCUAUAAGCCUGAAUGGUCUGAAGGGCCCAAACUGAACACAGCCGUUGGGUUUGGAGCCGUAGCAGGACCGUUCUCUCAAUCAGAUCUCUCCAAGGACAAAGAGGCAGCCAGUGCUGCUCUGUUUGGGGUCACUUCCUCACCACGCCCAGACAUAGAAGGCAAGCAUUACUUUGAGGAGACUGACAGCAGUGAAGAAGAGGACGAGGAGGCUUACAUGCGCGAGAUGAUUCGAAGGUCUCCUUCCAGUGGCCUGGCUGGUGGCCUCUCAUUUUCUGACAAGCCUGUUGCUCCAGCUGCCCCUGAGAAGACAGGUAGUGUACUCCCUGAUGUUCUUGGCUCCUACAUGACCUCACCUCUCCAGGCCAGCAAGCCAGACGCAGCCAACGGCCCCACAGAGGUUAGCACAAGCUCCACCAUCCCUGCUGGAGCUGCAGCCAGUGGUGCAACUUCAGGCCCGGCCAAGGUAGAGUCCCGGGAGGGAGCGGCAGGUUACAGGAGCUCCUAUGAGUGGGAGAUGCCAAAGCCCCAGAUGGGGAUGGUUCCUGGAGACUCCCCUCCCCAUUAUCGCCAUGAUGAUGAGUUUGAAGAGGAAUGUGAAAUGGAGCCAGAGCACCCCGCUCGCCCACUUUCACUCUCUUCAACCGACCAGCCCUUCCGCUCACCAUUUUAUGCUGAAGAGUGCAGCCGAGGAGGCCACGAUGACGAUGAUGACAGCGAUCAGGAGCUUGCUGCUGGUGCACCCAUGGGAGCCACUUAUACCAGCCGCACCUCGCCUGGAUAUUCAUCCUCCGAGUACAGACAUCGCAAAGAUGACCUCUCACCUUCCUUCAUCAACCCCUGUAUGCGGCAGCUAUCCAGCGAUGAGGAUGAUGAGGAGCGAGGACGCAGAAGUGACCAAUCACAGGAGGGCGAUGACCACGAUCUGUCAGUCAAGAGAAGGGCUCACAAGCAGCCUCAUCAUCACCAGUCUCACAGCAGGGACAGCAGCUCUCUGCACCAAGCUGGUGGCAUGUCGGCAGGGCUGGGUCUGGCCACAGAGGACACACCGCCCACCUCAGUCAGCGAGUCUCUUGGUUCUCAGUCAGACUCUGAUGUGCCUCCAGGCACCGAGGAAUACCCCUCAGCCACUGGUGAAGGCAACAUGGACUCGGAUGAGGACGCAGACUACAUGCCUGUUGAUAAAUUAUCUGCCAUGGCAGGAGGUAGCCAUCACUCCUCCAGGAGGAGCCAUGACCCUCCUCCUGCUCCCAUCAUGGACCCCUACCCUCGCCCCCCACGCCCAGACGUUUGCAUGGUGGAUCCUGACUCUUUGAAUAAUGGCUCAGUAAAGAAAGAGUCAAAAGCAAAGGGCCUGAAGAAGGCCUCGGGGAAAACCAAAUCAGCAUCCCCCGCUAGGCGCAAGAGGUCUCCCAUGCCUGUUAAACAGACGCCGUCUCCUCGCAGUGUCUCGCUGAAGAAGAAGGACACAGACAAGAGCUCACGUAUGUCUCGUCUGUCGGAUGGACAAGGCUCCAAAGAUGAUGACCUUUCCCGGUCGAGCUAUAACAUCGGCAAAGGGCUGACUAACGGUGUCAAGAGCAGCUCAGGUUCUCAGAAGUCCGGUUCUGCAGCUGCACCUGGCCUUCCUAUUUAUGUGGACUUGGCCUACAUUCCCAAUCACUGCAGUGCCAAGAACGUGGACCAAGAAUUUUUCAAACGCAUUCGCUCUGCGUACUACGUGGUCAGCGGGAACGACGCAGCGAGUGGUGAACCGAGCCGAGGAGUCCUCGAUGCAUUGUUGGAUGGCAAAGCUCAGUGGGGAUCAAACCUACAGGUGACGCUGAUCCCCACCCAUGACACGGAGGUGACCCGUGAUUGGUACCAGCAGACCCACGAGAGGCAGCAGGAGCUCAACAUCAUGGUCCUGGCCUCCAGCAGCACCGUCGUCAUGCAGGACGAGUCUUUCCCCGCCUGCAAGAUUGAGUUUUAGGAUCCUCUUUUCCUCUCUCCCUCCUCCUGGCCUCCCCGGUGUAGACCUGUUUUUAAUUGCUCUUCUCUAUAGCCUGAUACACAAAUCUGUCCCUGCUUUGGGAGUUUGCGUGAAAGCAGAAACAGAUCUGGAUAACUGUCUAUUUUUUUCUAGAUUUUUAUUCAUUUCUAAGCUUGUCGUGGCUAUCACCAUUUGUAUUACAAGGGUAGUUUUCUGACGUUUUGUCCUUCUCUGCGUUAUCAUCAUUAUUCAGUCACAUGAAAGGAAGAAAACAGUGUUUCUGUCUUUUUUCUGUUUUUUUCCCCAACCCCUGUGAAACAAUAGCUUCUUUGUUUAUUAGCUGAGACAAAGUGCCCACUGUAUUGUACAAAAAAAAAGGGGGGGGGGGACAAGCAGUUUCUGUAAAUUAUGUUACACAGAAAAUUUAAAACCCGAUUCUUGGUUGUUUCCUCUUCUAAUUGGCCAAAAUAAAAGCACAAGUUGGCGCACUUUGAAGCCAGCAAUAAAGGAAACUACACGACUUUCUUCCAAUGGGUCUCAGACAUCACGAUACAGCUGAUCAAUUUAAAACAUUUUUCUUAAAAUUGUGAUGAGUUUUACUUUACGUUCCCCUUGUUUCCCCUCUGUCUCUGUUCUAAAACAAUGACAGUCCCAGUGUUGAACUUUGUGCCUCCUACUGACAUAGUGACAUAGAAAAUGUCCAAAUAGAUCCCACAGUCCUUUCAAUAUGUCUUUUGAGUAUAUUUGCCGUAGCAUAGGGAAGACCAUAUUCAAAAAUCUGUAUUGUAGUGAAAUAUGAUAUUUCUACAGUUCUCUCAAAGUGAAAAAUCAGUCGUCACAGUACGAAUUUCUCGGUGGCUGUUAUUAUUUCUUACAGUGGAUUUGAUGAAUACGUUUCUCUCUGUAGUCUUUGAUGUAUUUUUUCAGUGUAUUUCCAGUUAACGUAUCGUGGCAGAGGACCAUGAGGAGAGAGAACAAAAUCAUCAUCCUGCUCUUUGGAUUCUACCUGUUUUUACCUUCACACACAGAGCAGCACUGUGUGUUCAGAGCUCAUCAGAAAAAAGUAGACAAACCUCGUAUCAGCUGUUGCGUUUAGAAGGUCUUUAUACAAAAGCCGUGUUAAAGAACGAAGAAUGUAUUCCACUACAGCAGUAGGAGCAUGUGGUUGUUCUGGCCUGGUGAAGAAGACGUGGGCUGGUUCGAUUGGUGGUGGAGGUUUGACUGUCACCCACAUGUGCCUUUCUGUCCUGCUGCGCUGGAAGGGAAAGGAAAUGUGUGUUGGUUGUAGAAAUGUGAGCGAUGCCGGUGCGUGUGUGGUACGUUCGUGGCUCUGUGGCAGAGGCUCCGUCGAGCUGGUUUCCUCUGUUGUUGAGUUUUGGGAGUUGUGCAUAGUGAGCGUGAAACGGCACUUUUAAAGCACCAACUCAGAAUUUCAGCCGCUGUGUUUUAGUUUUCCUGGAGCUGCCACUCGAAGAAGCACAAAGAGUAACCAGUGUGCAAAACCUACAGCAGUUUGUGCGGUUUUCAAAUUUAGCUACAUCAGAUGUAUGAUUACAGUAUGUGCACUUUUUUUUAAUUAUUACAAAAAAAGGUUUGUUUUGAGUUUGCAAAAUUGUGUUUUUAGCCAUAAUCACCUCAUCUUUUUAAACGUUGUCUUUUAAACACCAUUUUUCUUUAAGUGGUAAAUCAGUGGAUGUUUUUAAGUAACACUUUAUUAACUUAUAGAUGUGUUUUAAUUUGAUAUGGAUGAUUUUAUAUUUUGAUAGAUUUUCAGUAAUUGAAUAGAUUUUAACCAGGAACAAAACCAGUUAUCUAACAAAUUACAGGACCAACAAAGCUCUCUGGGCUUGCUAUUUUAUGAUCCACAGUAAAAAUCCAGAUAUUCCUCUGUAUAAGAUUUUAUUUCCUCAGCUUGUCUAGAGAUGCAUGUACAACAGAUGCACAUACAUAAAGGCGAGGGCUCCUUAAAACAGCAGAGGGCUGCAGGGAGCGGAGCCCAAACCUCAGCGGCUCCAGCUGAUUUGAAUGUGAAGAUGCAGAUUACCUUUACGAUCUCCUGGUUGCCUUGGUUACUGUGCAUCACAUGGUACAUCUCACUCAUGGGUCACACUCGCAGCGACAACCUUACUGCAGCCUGCAAAGCAUCACAACUCUGUGCAGGGAAGAAAACUUCAAUUAGAUUAAAGCCGCCACAGUUUCUUUCUCCACAGGAGACUGUUUGACCAACGUGACGAUUUCUGUCUCAGUGAUAAACGAGUAACAGCGUCUCACUGAGGCGAGACUGACGCCGAGUUAAGGCUCCUAAUUCCUGCUGAAGGAAAAAGAUCCUUUAAUCGCUUCUUUGAUGAAACAGGGUUAAAGGUGACAUCAGUGUUUUCCUGUUAACCCACUGUGCUGCCCACUCAGUCAAUGAGAGUGUAAUCUGCAUUAAAUACUGUAUCACUGUAAAGGCUGAUAAUAAUAAUAAUAAUAAUAACAAUAACACUACUCACAAAUGAGCAGACCACUCAAAACCCAGACUGCCAGACAUCACUCACAUCAAUACAUUUUUAUCUAUAGGGGACCUCCUGUUAUUAUUCACACGUUUUUCCAGACAAAGCUUAAUACACACACACACACACACACACACACACACACACACACACACACACACACACACACACAGCCGCUGCAUCUUCAUAUUGUGCAAAACCAUAAAAGAAAAAAUAUCUGUGGCACUCAGACUCAUCUGCCGUGAAACAAAUCAUCAUAACGACCGUUGGUUUCCAGUGAGCCCUGCUUGUACGUGCAUGUGUACCUUUUGAAUUCUCCUGUAUUGUUAUAGCUGAAGAAAAACUGACUUGACAAAGAAAUGCUAUUUUAAAAGAUGUAUAUUCAUGAAGCUAAGCCGUCCGGUACUGAAGAGGCACAUGUAACCUGGCUGUGCUGUGCUGUAAAGAAAGCCUUGUGAUCGUUUCUUUUCCUCCUUUCUGCUUCAUGGUUCUACUUUCAUCUCUUGUUUUAAGUGCAAUAUUCUCUUUAUCUCUCUUUAAAUGCUUAAAA